AUGGUAGAGUUUGCCAUCAACAACUCGGUGCAUGCGUCCACGACACAUGCACCGUUUUACGUGAAUGGCUUACGUCAUCCGCGUGUACCCACCUUACUAGAGUGUAACUCUGGUUUAAGGGGGGGAGGGACUCGCGCGAGCAAAAACCGAUUUGGUUCACGCUCAUCACGCUCUGACGAAGAGGUCGUUGCGUUUGAUGCCGAUAUCGAUAACAUCGAUAUCGAAGAAAAUGAUGCCAGUGAGAGUGUGGAAGCCCUCACUGAAGAAAAGGUUGAUGUUGCUGCAGUGCGCUCACAGCGCACUGAAGCUAACAAGUCAUCAGAUGAGUUCAUACUGGCUCGUGAAACGGUAGUCCGUUUUGUGCAAGACUCCAUCGCCGAAGCGGUGGAUAAGUAA